UGUCGUCCCUACGACGUCAAUCCCGAUUAAACAACAAAAUUCAUCCCCACGUGAAUCGAAGUUCCUCGAAAAUUCAAUAACUCAAUUAACAAAUUAACUUCGUAUUAUGGCAUUUCAACUGGAUGAUUUACUGAGGGACGACAAGAGGGAUGGUAAUUUAAUUCCCGAUUUGAGUAAGGCAACGUGUAAUUCGCAGGAGGAAUUUCGUCGACUUCGUGAACGCUGUCCUGAGUACAAGAUUAAACCCGAGAAGCUCAAGAGGGAUGACGUCAAGGUCAGGGAUAAGGAUUUCUCUUGGAGAACAACGAAGAAGGAGCUGAAGCUCAUGGAGCGGGAAUGGGGAUAUGGCGAUCCUAUUCCUCCGGACAUGAGGAGUCUCGAUCUCCAGGAGCUCCAGAGGGUCGCCAUCGACUGGAGGAUGCUGACGCCUCUCAGGCCAAAGUUGAGGGCCGACGAGGAGAUGUUUUCUCGAUUGGUCGAGAUGGGGAAGCUCGAGCUGAAGACAUUAGCGAAAGACCGUCGCAUCUCCAUCAGCCCCAUCAGAAGGAGUAAGAAUCGUGCUGGGAUAAUAGAAAGCAGUGUAAAAAUAUGCGGUGAAUGUGGUGAAGAGUACUGUUUCGGGGAGAGCUGCGGUGAUAUAUUAUACGAAUCAUUCACCCGAGUUGCCGUUGCUCCUCAGCAGCAGAAGAUCAAAGUCUCAGAGGACACAGCUGCUAUAAUUGCUGGUAUGAACAAAGGGAAACGAAAGAAAAAGAAGAAGGGAGUGAGGAUCAAAGUCAGUGUACCAGCUCGCAAGAGUGCCAGAUUAGGCAGAAGGAAACUCAAAAAGAGUAAGAGCGAGGUCUCAAAGGGAACUGCUGUCAAUGGGGAUAAAAAUCAGAGUGAUGUUAAAACCAAAAAAUUUAAGCGCAAGUGCACCAAGCACUCGAAGAAGAGCCAUUUGUCGCCCAAGUAGAGAGCAAAGCGAUGGAACAAUUCUUACGUGUUCUAUUCACUUAUUCAACUAUGUAAUUAAUAAAUUUAUUGGUCGUAGUAAUAAUACUCUGUUAUUAUACUCUAUUUCAUCAUUUAAUUUAUUUCUAUUGAGAUGGGAAAUCUCGAAU